GAACUUCUCCAAUUAGUCGAGCAAGCCAAAGAUAUGGCAGAAGUUUCUAUCAAGAUUCAAGACCAACACCACAACCUUUCGCUCACCGUUAUCCCGUUAUCCCGUGAAGAGAACAAAGCCAGCAAGCUGACCACCACAAUUGCAAGCUUCACCAAUCCCUUUAUUCAGCCAGACGAUUAUCUCUUUAAUCUCGUAACUAAAGUGAUGCCCCAAAACGUUAAACGUGACCUCUGUGCGCAAAGUACUAUGGGGGUUUUUGUCACGGAAUUCAUUCAAAAAGGGAACGAAAACCUGUGGUCGCCGAUGAAAAAGCGCAGUCUUCUAACCUGGAAAUCUACCUGUAAGAAGACAAAUAUCACUGUUAACAAGAAGAUUGUGAAGUUACAGAAAGACCGAUGUUUGUUUGCUCGCAUGAUGGUGGUGUGCCAGUCUCGAUCAGAAUUUAACCUACAAGAAGUCAUAGGCACGUAUGAGUCUUCACUGUGCCAAGGUCACUUUUUGCAGCAGAUGGUACCAUGUUGCAUUGCUCAACCAAAAGUGCACUAA